AUGAUUCGCAAAUUACGCUUUUUUUGUCAUUGUUCUCAUUUAUUGAUCUAUUCUCAAUUUCUUUCUUUUUUUUUUUCGUUGUCUAUCAGUGGACAUCCGUCUCACUCUUUCUUUUUGUCGCCUACAUUCCGUUUCUUUCUUUCAUUUCCGUUUUCCUUUUCUUUAAGAGUUGUCUUAUGUUCCAGUUCUAUUGCUAUUUUAUUGAGAUCUAUCUAUCUAUCUAUCUAUCUAUCUAUCUAUCUAUCUAUCUAUCUGAAAACAACAUCUAUGUCGCUGCGUUUUUUAAUUUUACUCGCUAUCUAUCUAUCUAUCUAUCUGUCUAUCUAUCUAUAUAUCUAUCUAUCUAUCUAUCUAUCUAUCUAUCUAUCUAUCUAUGUCGCUGCUCGGUCACAGUUACAUAAAUAUGACAAUCUAUACACAUGUGCAUGCCUACGUAUAUGUGUUAUUCAUUCAAUGGAAAAGAGCACCUAA